AUGACCCAGCACCAGCGCCUUACAACGGUCUUCUCAGGUGUGACUGGUAUCCCCGCCUUGGCAGUUUUGUGUGAAUACGAUACGGUAAUCGUCGUCGACGACUCGGCGUCCAUGAUGUGGGAAAAUAGAUGGCAGGAGACCAAGAUUGCGCUCGGGACCCUUGCGGAGAUAGUGUCUCAGCUCGACACGGACGGCAUAACGAUAUGUUUCCUCAACAGCGACGUGAUCAAAAAUAAUGUCACGGACUCGCAACAAGUGAUGGAAGCAUUCGAAGAAGUGAGGCCGAGCGGCGCGACACCUUUGGGAUCGAGGCUGGACCAACUAUUGCGCGAAUACACGAGGAAACUGAAGACUGCUCGCGCUGUUGGCGUACCCAAGAACGUGAAACCUAUCAAUUACCUCGUCAUCACCGACGGGGAGCCCUCUGAUGACCCCGUGGAUGUGAUCAAACGCUACGCAAAAGAACUCGACGAUGGAAAAUAUCAUCUCAAACAGGUGGGGAUUCAGUUCGUCCAGGUCGGCGGGGACGAAGAUGCCGCGGAAUACUUGAGGGAACUGGACGAUGGUCUGGAACUCCAGUCCAGCCGAGAUAUGGUGGACACGACGCCUUUCGUCGACGGCGAACAUCUCAAUGCUCCCAUGUUGACGAAGAUCCUCCUCGGAGGCAUCAAUCGUCGUGUUGAUCGUCUGAGCAACGAAAAGGCUGCCUGA